CAAAGAGCGGGAAUCCCAGCUCUAGGUGAUCAUAAGUUUUCCUGAAUUUUCCUCCAAUUUCCUGGGGAAAUUGUUAUUUUGUGCAACGGAAUAAACGAUGGAAGGAGAUUUGGAACAGAGAUCAGGCGCACAAUCGCGUGUUUCAAGCGCGGCUUCUUCGCAGGUUAACAAAGAAGAUGAAGCAGAUGAAGUCAAAGCUUCUCCGACAUCUUUGAAUAUGUGUUGGUCGUUCGGUGUAAACAAACAUGUCCCAGUGCAGAAUUUAUCGAAUGGAAGUCGAAAGGUUGCAUUCUUCAUAUGUGCACAUGUUGGUGUCAUGUUUGACUGGGAAGCAAAUAAACAGCAACUUCUCCAAGGCCAUUGUAAUGCCAUUACUUGUACAUGUGUCAGUGAAGACAGACGGUGGAUUGCCACAGCAGACAGUGGCAAGGACAGUAUGGUUAUUAUCUGGGACUCAUUUACAACGAUUCCAGUUCAGACGAUAUUUGAGGCCCAUCCCAGUGGAUGUGCAGCCAUUGCUAUGUCACCUGAUGCCAAGUAUAUUGCAACUAUAAGCAGCACUCUUCCACAGACUGUGUCUGUGUGGGAUUGGACUAUCAAUGGAGACAUGCCGAUGUGUUCUGUUGUAUUGGAUGACAACUUUGGGAAACAGACAUAUAUCACCUUCAACCCAGAGGACACCAAUGAACUUGUUAGCAACAGCGAAUCUCAGGUGGUCUUUUAUUACCGGAAUGACACAACACUGGAGUAUGUUGCCCCACCACUCACAGACAAGGAUUUUAAUCGCAGUGUAGGUCAAUACAGCCAGUCCAUUUUCCAGCUUCAGUCUCCUAGAGCCCUGACGGCCACAAGUUGCGGCAACAUAGUGGUAUGGGAACAUGCAGGUGGGGAUCUUAAGUGUAACAGAAAGGCAUUCAAGAUUGUCAAGUUGCAGGAGAAAGCCCUUACAGUCCUCACAACUUCUGACAAUCGUCACUAUUCUAGAACUACUCCAGAGAAAAGAAACUUUCCUGCCAGCUCUACUUUAGAUGCCAACCCAUUCAUAGUGAAUGAUUUUGUGAUCAGUACAUCGACAGCUAACAUUGCUCAUUUUGCUACCGACGGAAGUGAACUUAAGACAAGUUCUUGUAGCAGGUCAAUCAAAGUCGUGACCUUUUAUGUACCAGUUAGAUGUAAUACCCCCGAGAUACAAGAGAUGAAAGUCAUCUGUCGACUAAUAAUUAUGUAUAUUUUACGUCUUCAGGUUGGACUUCAGUGUCUACCGUUAGAUGGCAAUCCACACAAGACCAUGGCCUUGAUAGCACAUCCAGAGGGAGUUUCUAACUUGAUAUGUUCUUAUGACGGGAAGUACGUGUUCACAGCCGGUGGAGAAGACUGCAGUGCACUGAUGUGGGAAAUUAACUUGGACGCUUUGGAAGCAGCGGCCGCUCUUGGUGGAGAGGGCCUGGUUCCAUUCUACGGUUUGUUAGAAGGCGGUCGGGAUGGUGAGCUGUUCGCUGAACUCGAGGAUUAUUUCUAUUACGCACAGAUUAGAAGCCAAGGGGUUGACACCACAGAUACAAGACAAGUAUCAACAAAAGUUCCCUUAUACACCAAGUUGAUUGUUUCAGAAGCUUCCAAAGAUGAAAUGAGGAGGCAGGACAACAAACUAGAAGUGGCUUAUAAGGAAUGGAGAAUGUAUCAAAUCGAGAGUAGUUUUGGCCAAGAUUGGUGCAAACAGAAGAAAAUCGAAUCAAGAGGCGAUGUAGCAUGGCUAACCAUCGUGGUCGACGACAAGUUUGCUAUCCCUGCGCUGGUUCUUGGUCACUCCAUUCGCACAUUUUCUUGCCACAAGAACAUGGUUGUGUUAAUCUCGGAAAGAGUUAGCCAGGGUACAAGAAAAGCGCUUCAAAGUGUUGGCUGGGAGAUUCGCUUAGUCGAAGAAAUGGACUGCGAUUGGUUGGACGCGAAAUUAGGAGGAGAUCGAAACGGAAAGAUUCUUGUUUACAUGUAG